AUGGCCCCGGCUUCGCCUCUGUCGAGACGCGUCCGGUCUCUGGUUGUCGCCUUUAGUGUCUUUGCCCUUACCGUCCUGACAUCAAACGCGUCAAACGCGUCCUGGCAAACAUGGGGCCCCUAUCGGCCAAAUCUCUACUUUGGGGUCCGCCCACAGGUCCCGGAGACUUUGCUCAUGGGCUUGAUGUGGGCGAGCGGCGACAGUCGAGAUAAGCUCCUAAGCACUCUUCGCGAUACGUGCGAGCAAAACGAUGGCAUGAGAGGUUACGGAUGGACUUAUUACGACACUCGCCUUGGAGGCUCUCAGACAAUGCACGACACGCAGCUACAGCUUGAUCUCGACACGGAUUUUCUCAAGACAGAGGAUGGGGCCACCUGGGCUGUUCGAAUAACCGGUACUCCAGACCCAAGUGCCCCCGAUGUGAAUACCUCGGUCAUCCUCCAUGUAGCAGUGGAGAACGUGACUUCAAAUGGACCAAAAUCUCUUGUCUGCGAAAAACAGACUGAGGGCAAGGAUGGAAUCGAAGCCGUGUGUCGGGGAGAGAUAGCCGCUCUAGGCGAGUUAGAGCUCAAUGUGCUGGGCGACGCCAUGAACAAUUUGGUAUACAACACCGCCGUGAAGAGUGUGCAGGUGCCAGAAGACAAGAUCUGGCAGGCGAAGUCUGUCUUCAUCGAUCAUCUCAGAGCUCUUCCCGGGAACCAAAUGACUCUGGAAGAUGCUGCUGGCGCUGGAAACAUGCACUUCGUCCAGUUGACCUUCCAAGGCCCAUUCAAGCUAAUGCUUACGUAUCACGGCGUAGAAGCCACGCCCCUGAACCCAAAUACCGUCGAGAGUGGUCUCAGCUCUCUCCGCUCUACGUUCCCUUCCACUGUGGAUAGGGUAUUUCCAAGAUCAUCACCGUUUCAGCAGGACAAGUAUGCCAAGUUCACGCAGGAGAUCCUAUCGAACUUGCUUGGCGGAUUAGGCUUCUUCCAUGGAGACACCAAAGUGGACUAUUCAAACGCCACCGAGUAUUUGGAAACCGACCUCGACUUCUGGCUGAAGGCACAAGCUGCCAUGGCUCGCGCUCCGAUCACAACCACGGCUCCCCUGACCCUCCUCACCCACACGCCCUCGCGGCCUUUCUUUCCGCGAGGGUUCCUCUGGGAUGAGGGCUUUCACCUGCUUCCCGUCAUCGAGUGGGAUCUAGACUUGGCUGUCUCCGUUCUCCAAAGCUGGCUCAACCUGAUGGACGAGGAUGGUUGGAUCGGUCGUGAGCAGAUCUUGGGCCCUGAAGCUCGCAGCAGAGUGCCCGCGGAAUUUCAUGUCCAGUAUCCCCACUACGCCAACCCUCCAACACUUUCACUGCUAUUCCCGAUCCUGAUUUCCAAACUCGCGGGCACAUCUCCCUAUGCCGGCCACCCCUCUACCUACCUCUCGUCGCCAGAUGAUGCUUCGAGGAUGCUAAAGGAUUUAUACCCGCUCCUCGCACGCCACUACCAAUGGUUCCGCCGCACACAGGCGGGAAACUUCACCGGCGCCUAUCCACGUCCAGAAGGUGCUAUUGCUGGAGAAGGAUUCCGCUGGCGGGGCAGAACACCCAUGCAUUGCCUGACCAGCGGACUUGAUGACUAUCCUCGGGCCAAUCCACCGCACCCCGGCGAGCUUCACGUCGACGCUCUCGCGUGGGUUGGCGCCUCGGCCAAUGCGCUUCAGCAGGUCGCAAGGCACCUGGGCGAGCAAGCCGACGCCGACAUGUACGAGAAGCAUGUGGCGGCGGUGAAGCACAACCUCGACGCUCUCCAUUGGGAUGCGGCGAACAAAACAUACUGCGAUGCGACCAUCGCGAGCGACAAUUACACGCUCGUCUGCUACGAGGGAUACGUGUCGCUGUUCCCGCUCUUGCUGGGGCUCAUGGACGCAGACCACCCGAAUCUGCCGGCGGUGCUGGACCUGCUCUCGGACCCGGCCAAGAUGUGGUCCGACUACGGCCUGCGGAGCCUGAGCGCGGCCGACCCCAACUACGGCAAGGACGACAACUACUGGCGCGGCGCCGUGUGGAUGAACCUGAACGUCCUGGCCGUGCUCCGCCUGCGGGACGUGGGCCUCCAGAAUCCUGCGGGCCAAGGUCGCACCCCUGUCCAGACCAGAGCGCUGUCGCUCGCGGCCCAGCUCAGGGAGCGCCUGGUGAACACGGUCUACAACAGCUGGGAGCAAACGGGCUUCUUCUGGGAGCAGUACAGCGACAAGACGGGCGAGGGAACCCACAGCAGGGCCUUCACGGGCUGGACGGCCUGUGUCAUUCUGCUGUUGGGCCUGCAGUUUGAUAAGACCACAGUGGGAAGGGGGAUGGACAUCGCCAGCCUGGGCUCGUCUUCCAGCACGCUGUCGUUUUUUUGGUGUCGCUAG